AUGAACAUAAAAACCGCCUCCCUCCCCCGGGCAGUUGCCAAGCCUGCAGCAACAGCUUUCCAACAAUGCAGGUUGCGCGGCCACGGCGCCCGAUGGCUGCAGCCUCAGGCCGUGGCCUUUGCCUACGAGGUGGGGGUGAUGGAGCUCAAUGGCCCAGAGCAAGAUCAAGCAUUCCAGUGCACUUUGGGUGUAGAGUGCAUAAUCGAGGUGGAAGGACAUGGGUUGGGACAGGGCAGCGCGCUUCUGCUGGGAAGGGAGAGCUGUCCACUCGCCCGGGGCAGCCUAGCUCAGCUGGGUGCCGCCCAGCUGCGCGUGAGCAGCAGUGGCACAAUUUCUGGGGACGAGUGUUUCUUUUACAUGAAGCCCGUGGAGUCAGACGGGUCAGAUGACGAGGCAGAGGUGGAAUUGCUGACGGGUUCCGGCGGCGUGCAUGCAAUCAUCUUUUCAGGCCACGUCCUCCAAAACACGGCUCGGUCAUACUCGGCUGCGCUGGAUGCACUGACACCCUAUGAGCUAGCAGCUGCCAUUCAUGCGCAGCCGCCGGGCACGCUGGUUGCCGUGGCUGUGGCGGGCAACACUCAGGACACCUUCCGAGACGAGAAGUUCCUUUCGGCUUUGGAAUAUAUAGGUGCUAAGUCACCACGCGCUUUCGUUUCAGGAGACUCCUAUGCUUUGGUCGGGUUGGCUGCCGGCCCAGCUUUGGCAGAGAGCUUGGAACCCAGCAACGCCACGAGCCUCCAAGUCUUCGUGCCCAGUCCAUUGCCGCAGCGGCAGGUGAAUGAGACUGGGGCCACCUCUUUAGGCACUCUUGUGCAGGGGGGCGGCGCAGCCUAUCCACUUUGCUGGAGCUGGCAGGGUGUCGGCGACUUGGUGCACAUCGGAAGCUUGCAGGUCUUGGGACCGGGUCCUGACCGGCAACAGUGGCAAUGCAUGGCUGGUGAACCUUGUUUUUUGGAGCUCACUGGUUCAGGCUUGACGCUGAACAGCAGCCUUGUGAUUGGCAGGCACGGCUCCUUAAGCUGCGAAAUGGACUCCGACGAAGCGGAGAAUGGCUUGCAGCUCGAGACUUUCCCAGAAAUUGCAGGCACCGAUGGGGCGUCAGCCAAGUACUACAUUGGCACCACUACACGCCGUACGGCGCCACACUUCUCCAUUUGCUGGCGCGUGUCGCCAUCGGCCGUUCCGGUGGUCAUUGGCACGCUCCUCAUCUCGGAGACCUCCUGUGCAUUGACCUCCGAAUCGCAAGAUAGGUCUUUGGUGCACAACUGCUCGGACAUGAAGUUUCUGGACACUUGCACGAUCCAGUGCGCCCCGGGUUGGUCCUACUUUGGCCCAUCCGCAAGCAUGACCUGCCGUGCUAAAGGUGAACUGGAUGGCCGACUCCCUCAGUGCACCAAGGUCUCGUGCCCCCUGCACUCGGUGGAGACAGUGGAAGGCUGUGAUUGCAUCCAAGGCUACUCUGGCACCGUCACCUGGAAUUCACCGUCGCAGACUUAUUUGACAAGCUGCCAGGAGUGUGCUGGCUGCGGUGUGGGACAGUAUCGGUCUGAGUGCGGAGGCUCGACACCGGGCGAAUGCCGCAACUGCACGAAUGCCGGGCCUGGGUACUACUAUGUGUCAGAUGGUGGUGCACAGCCACAUGGCUGCCAAACGCAGCCCUGCGUCCAAUGCCCUACCGGACGUUACCCACGUGGGUGUGGGGGCAACUACCCAGGCAGGUGCCAGGAGUGCGUGAACAUGCCAAACGCCACUCCCUCCACGCAUUACUUCUCUUCAUCGGGUACCGUGGAUGGCAUCUGCGAGCUGCAGGACUGUGCGCCGGAUUGCGGCGUCGGCCAGUAUCGUGCGCUCUGCGGGGGUGUCAACCCUGGGUAUUGCCGCGCCUGCUCUCCGCCUGCGCCGGGCCAGUACCUUGCAAGCUCUGGUGGCUUGGAGGAUGCCUGCCUUACGCAAUCCUGCGGCGGCUGUGAAGUUGGUUUCUUUCGCGAUGGUUGCGAUAUGGCCAGCCUUGGUACGUGCGCACCCUGCACAAAUGGACCGCGCUACGGCUACUUCUACAAAUCGUCCAGUACCGUUCCGAAUGACUGCGAGUACCUUCAAUGUGGUGAGUGCCCUGUCGGGCAGUACCGUGCCAACUGCGGCGGUGCCAGUGAAGGCUUCUGCCUACCUUGUACUCAGAUUCCCCAUGCAUAUUUUGUUGGAAGCGGUGGGCUUGUGGAUGCUUGCCCUUCGAGACCGUGUGCAGCAGAUGAGGAGGAGUGCGAGGUUGGAAUGUACAGACAAGGCUGCGGGUCUUUAGAAAGCCCUUUGGCGCCUGGCACAUGUGCCAACUGCACUGAGCACAAGCAAAGCUAUUUCUUUGUCACCAAUGGAGGCACAAGCAGCCGAGGUUGCAGCGAGGCACCGUGCCAGCGCUGCUCGGCUGGCUGGGUCCGGAUCGGGUGCGGGGGCGCUUCGCAGGGAACCUGCGAGCGCUGCGAGCAUCACCCUGACUACUACUUCUUGGCAGAUGGAGGUUUCGGGGAGCGCAAUCUGACCUGCCCCAGAAGUCCGUGCUCAGAUUGCCCCCCUGGAUUUUACAAGCAUGCCUGCGCAACAGAUCCCGAUCACACAUCUCCGGGCACUUGUCUCGAGUGCCCAGCAGGGAGAUAUCAGAACGAGCCCUACUCAGAUGGAUGCAUCUUAGCUCCCACAGGUACCUUUGCAACACAGGGUGCUCGAAUGUACACAGAGUGCCCCAGCGGAGAGUACCAAGACACGGAGGGUUCUUCUGAAUGUCUCCAGUGCCGUGGUGAGACCCGACGCAGGAGGGCAGCUACUUGUGAGGACUGUGCUGUGGGUCGCUUCAAUGAUGGGUCGCAGGACUCAUGUCAACUUUGCCUAGGUGCUGUGGUGAUGGAAGGGACUCAGAGAAUUGCUUGUCACCCGUGCUCAGUUGGCAAGUACAAUGGUGGGGCCUCUGAUACAUGUACGGAUUGCAAGGGGGGAUUUGUGAGUUCGAACACGGACUCAAUGACCUGCACAGCGUGCCCAGUUGAGUGGUACAAUGAUGGGUCAUCGAACAGUUGUUUGCAGUGCCCCGCAGGUCAGACCUCCGGCACGAAUGCAGAAAGUUGCAUAUCAUGUGGUGCCGGGACGAAACCUGUCCGAGGUCAGUGUGAGCCAGUGCCUUGUCCAACAGGUAGCACAGGUACAGACGUCGCUGGUGGCUGCGUGUGUGCUGUCGGAUUUGCCGGUGCGGUUGUCGCCAGCAACCUUCCGCCCUACUUUGUUGAUGAAGGCCUCUGCGCUCCGAUAGAGAUUCGCGUCGUGGAAGAGACAGUCGAAGUCUGGGGCUCGCUGGAAGGCUCCAGCCAAGUUGUGUAUCGCUGCGGCGAGUCAUCGUGCACAGUUGCUGGAGCUGCCCCAACAUCAUCCACAGAGAUCUCGAUCUGCACGGCACUCAGAGCCAAGGCGGAUUCAGAUCAAGGUCUUUGUAGGUAA